GGAAAUGUUGCAACAUGUGCAUUACAAUUCUCUGAGCUGGGAAAACUGAAUGGCAUAAUUUCAGCUGCUGACAAGCUUUGUGAAUGUGGUCUUAUGAAAAUGAAGUCAAUUACUGCAAGAAGCACCCUAUCUUGAGCCAUUUAGGUGAUUUAGCAGUUUCAUUUGUCACCCUUCAGUUUCCUGUGUUUUUAAUGUAACUGUCUUGGUUUUUUUACCAGAAGAAAUGCAAAAAAAUAUAUAUCAGAGCUACUUGUUUUCCACUUGACCUGACAUGUCCUCAAAAUUGGGCUGUUUACUCAAGAAAGAUGUUGCACAGAGAAGAGAAAAUGUCGGCUCUGCCAAAUUUUACUUUUUUCUUUCCUCUGUGGUGUCAUCAACAGUUUCAUAGAAUCACGUUUAUGACUUUCUCACAUAAAUGACAAUCUGUCUCACUCAAGUAGCUAAAAGACUUUAAAUGGCCCAAAUGAUUUUGUUGUUCUCCCUAUGAUUGAAUCCGAAAAUUUGUAACCUGGAAAUGACUUGACAGUUACGUGGCGGUUUACUAUUUCUACUUUUACGGAGUUUCAUUUCACAGUUGCUGUAACUGUUUCAGAAUAAUCCCUGUAUUUAGAGUUUAAUGUUUCAGCUCACAAGGUUGUUUUUUUCACCUUGACGCCUGGUCUCAAACCAUCCAAGGACGAAAAGCAUCCCUGAAAAUCACAGACCUGAAACAUUGAUUUUCUCAAAUGUUUAUUUGUGCUCUGUUCCUUUUAUUUGUGUAUGUAUAUAGUGUUUUAUUUAUUCUGACACUUCACCUAGUAAAAUAAUGAUUAACUAGCUGGUAAUAUAGCUCAUCCUUUAUUGUAAUGAAAUAUCACUAGGUAAGUGUGAUUUUUAAAAAAAAUUCAGUUUAAUUAUAAUGUUUAUUCAAAGAGAUAACUUAGGUGAUCCAGCAUCUGAAAUAUGAAAAGAACAUCAGGCCCCUCGUUUAGGAUUGAUUGUGUAAUUGCUGGCUGUCGGAAUGACAUUUGACCUCCUAUUUUGUUUGCUGUGUUAUGGUGACCUGGCACUUAAACGCACCAUGGUUAUCGAUUUGGCAGCAUCUUUAAUUUGUUUAUCCUUUUUUUAAAACCUUUCCACUCUUCCCAUUGUGUCCAAUGAGUCCAGGUAGAUGCCUGUGAGGCAAGCAGAAGGUUGGAGAGAAGACUGUGUCUGUGUUACGCAGCAGAUAUGAGGAUGAUUCAUGUGUAAGGGGCAGAGCCCGGUACAGAGCAGGCAGCCGUGUGGACCAGUACUCAGACCCAGGAUUAGCCCAGCCUCCUCAGAGCUGGAGACCCUCUCUGCGCCACGUCUCUCGCCUUCGCCACGUGCCCCCCUCAGUGACAUGUACCCCGAAGAGAGCCGGGGUUCUGGAGGGGUAGCCACUGUGGACUUCCUGGAAGGGACGUACGACUAUGCCGCCCCCACCCCUGCCCCGACUCCUCUUUACAGCCACUCCACCACUGGCUAUUACUCCGCUCCUCUAGACGCCCAUGGACCACCCUCAGAUGGCAGUCUUCAGUCCUUGGGCAGCGGGCCGACCAGUCCUCUUGUGUUUGUGCCCUCCAGCCCCCGCCUCAGCCCCUUUAUGCACCCACCCAGCCACCACUAUCUGGAAACCACCUCAACACCCGUCUACAGAUCCAGCCACCAGCCGGCCUCCAGAGAGGAGCAGUGUGGCACCUGUGACGAAGCAUACGGAGUGGGUGAGGUGGGAGCUGGAGCAGCGGCUGUAGGCUUGGAGAUGACCAAAGAGACACGUUUCUGUGCCGUGUGCAGCGACUAUGCCUCUGGGUACCACUAUGGGGUGUGGUCCUGUGAGGGCUGCAAGGCCUUCUUCAAGAGGAGCAUCCAGGGUCACAAUGACUACAUGUGCCCAGCGACCAAUCAGUGUACUAUUGACAGGAAUCGGAGGAAGAGCUGCCAGGCCUGCCGUCUUAGGAAGUGUUACGAAGUGGGCAUGAUGAAAGGAGGUGUGCGUAAGGACCGCGGUCGUGUUUUGCGGCGGGACAAACGACGGACUGGCAUCAGUGACAAGAUUGCUAAAGACCUGGGGCACAAAACAGCACCCCCUCAGGACGGGAGGAAACGCAGCAGUGCGAGUGGUGGAGGUGGAAGAUCUUCAGUGACUAGCAUGUCCCCUGAUCAGGUGCUCCUCCUGCUCCAGGGUGCUGAACCCCCAAUACUGUGCUCACGUCAGAAGCUGAGCCGCCCCUACACCGAGGUCACCAUGAUGACGCUACUCACCAGCAUGGCCGACAAGGAGCUGGUCCACAUGAUCGCGUGGGCCAAGAAGCUUCCAGGUUUUCUGCAGCUAUCCCUUCAUGACCAGGUGCAGUUGCUGGAAAGUUCGUGGCUGGAGGUGCUGAUGAUCGGGCUCAUUUGGAGGUCCAUCCACUGCCCCGGCAAACUCAUCUUCGCACAGGACCUCAUACUGGACAGGAAUGAAGGCGACUGUGUUGAGGGGAUGGCGGAGAUCUUUGACAUGCUGCUGGCCACAGCUUCCCGCUUCCGUAUGCUCAAACUCAGACCUGAAGAGUUCGUCUGUCUCAAAGCUAUCAUCUUGCUCAACUCUGGUGCCUUUUCUUUUUGCACUGGAACUAUGGAGCCGCUUCAUGACAGCGUGGCAGUUCAGAACAUGCUGGACACCAUCACCGAUGCUCUCAUACAUCAUAUCGGCCAAUCAGGAUGCUCCGCUCAGCAGCAGUCCAGACGACAGGCCCAGCUGCUCCUGCUGCUCUCCCACAUCAGGCAUAUGAGCAACAAAGGCAUGGAGCAUCUCUACAGCAUGAAGUGCAAGAACAAAGUGCCUCUGUACGACCUGCUGCUGGAGAUGCUGGACGCUCAUCGGCUCCACCGUCCAGUCAAAGCGUCGCAGGCCUGGUCCCAAGCUGACAGAGACCCUCCCUCCUCCACCGGCAGCAGCAGCAGCAGCAGUGACGGUGGUGGAGGUGGCAGCUCCUCCUCCUCAGCCGGUUCCACUUCAGGACCUCGAGGAAGCCAUGAGAACCUGAGCAGAAGCCCGUCAGGCCCGAGUGUCCUGCAGUACGGAGGCCCCGCCCUGACUGCACCCACAUCCUAUGAGACGCAGCAUCUGAAGGUCAAAAGUCAUUUUAACGAAUGAUGUGUGAAGUACAGAAUGAUAAAGUGUUUAAGAAUGAAAGGUAGAGGUUCUGUUUGAUGUCAAUUAAUGAGGGAAUUAUUUAUUAAUUCAGUGAUUUUAUAGCUGUUUAGGGAGAAAUUACCGCUUUAAACUCACUGCAAUCUGAGCUCCAGUGAUCUUACACGCUGCCUUUCAUAAUAUCUGUGAUUCUGAGGCGACCUCUAAGAGCUUUUCAGUCCAGCUUUUAUUCCCAGAACAGCGGGUGUUAGCUCAUAUUGUGGCACUCUGUUAGCUACUGUGAUUUGAAAUGACGAGCAGCUACUAAUUUUUGAGUUUAUUCGCCAAAGUGCACUUUCUCUUGGAUUUAAGGGGGCAUUGUUUUCACUUCUGCAUUUAAAGGAUGAUUAUGCCAAAUUACGAUAAAACCGGUUUAAAUGAAUGUGUAAUUUAUUUUGUGUUUAAAUCCCAACAUUGUUGAGGAGUAAACGUCAGGGUUUGUGAAUAGAUACACAAUUUAAAAACAAAAUAUUUCAGUAAUCGCAUUUUGAAAUGAACAGUGGCUGAGGAUGUAUCUGUUGAAUUUUAAGCAGCUAAAAAUUGCACAAUCAAAUCCUGGAGCCCUGAUUAGGUAAUGAAGGAAGCUUUAUUGUUGGUUAACUUCACGUUAUCCACAGCUUGUAGUGUAGAGGAGGUUUGUUCGUUCUCUAUGCUCACUUGCACUAAUUUUCCUUUCUCUGAACUUGCCGUGUUAAAUGUGUUUGUGUGAGUGUGUGUUCGUCAGAGAGACUGAAAGCCCAGAUUUUUGUCUUGAUGCAACAUUUCAGCAACAUCAAAGCUACAACCUGCAACUAUCCAUCUAGUAAAUCAGUGAUCACAUGUUGAGGUCGGCUGGAUUUACACACCUAGACAAAAGUAAGCGAUUGUUUUUCUUUAGCGAAUUGGAUCCAAGUGAUAACAGAAGACAUCAGACAUAGAUGUGAUUAGAUGCAUGUAGCCUGUACUGAGAUUUAUAAAACAUUUAAUUUAAUUUACUGCCACAAACGAUAAAGAAAAGCAGAAAUCCCCAAAGUGUUUAGACCAGGGGUGUCAAACUUAUUUUAGUUCAGGAGCCACAUUCAGCCCAAUUUGAUCUCAAAUUGGACCCUCCGAAGGGCCGGUUUUGGCCUGCAGGCCGCAUGUUUGACACCCCUGGUUUAGACAGAUGGUGAAGCAAAAUUUCACAUCACGCCACUGAACUUGAUCUCUGUGCAGUCGAUCCAGUCAGUCAGACUUUAGUUAUGUUUCUAAAUGCUUCUGUUGGUUAACUACCGACUGAACUGAUUUGCUCUGAAUUCACUAAGCAACCACCUUUACUUACUAAAUGAGUUGGAAAAAAAUUGCGACCACUCAGUCCCCUCUAACAGGUGGUCUCAGAAAACCGCUUUCCUUCUGGUUGCUUCCUAAUAUCAUCAGCAAGCUCCAAAUUACGAGACGUGUUUCCCUCUUUGCCAGCUGCUGUUACAUAGACACGUACAGACAGGUGACAAAUUAAAGUAAAAUCCAACUUUUGGUGUCUUUGAAAGGUGUUGGCAGAUCAGCUUUAGUGCUCCUUGGCUGGAGGGAUGAACUCCAUUCUUCCACAAGAUAUUUCCUGAUUCACGAUGAUGGUAGUGGAGAGGUCGGUCUCCUAACAUGUUGAUCCAAAAUCUCCCACAUGCUGGGUUGAGAUCUGGUGAGCAUGAAGGCCAAAACAGAUGAUUCACAUCAUUUUCAUUUCCAUCAAACCGUGACAGGAUAAAGAAAUAUUGCAUCACAUUAUGAAGGCAUUCAGUCAGAACAACUUCGUAUUGAUUUACAGUGAUUCUUCUCUCUGAAGAGACAAAUGGACCUGAACCAUGUCAGCAAAAAAAAAAACCAAAAAAACAACAGUUUAACAGAAUGACAAGGGCUGAUCCAGACCAUUGGAUCAAGUAUUUCUUUUGUCAUCUGAGAGUAGAGCUGCAACGAUUAUUCAUUCGAUUAGUUGUUAGCUAUUAAAUGAAUCACUGAACAUUUAAAAAAUUAAUCAGUUUGUGAUUUUUUUUCUUUAGGAGAAAAGGGCCUAAACUCUCUGAUUUCAGCUGCUUAAAUGUGAAUAUUUUCAGAUUUUCUUUUUCUCCUCUAUGACAACAAACUGAGUAUCUUUGGGUUGUGGACAAAACAAGAUACUUGAGGAAACUUUGACCUUUUCACCAUUUUCUGACAUUUUAUUAUUUAUCUACAAUCAAAAUCAUGGUCAGUGUUGGCACCUUUGCCGACUUUUUAGGCUCAUUUAGAUCUGUUUCUGUGGCACUGUAGUCAGUCGUAAAAACACCGACCCUGAACUCUACUUCCUGUUCAUGUCGCUGCGGAUCAGAAAAACACGUUGCAGUUCUGAGACGAGGCUGUCCUGAUUUCAGCCUCACUGUGAGAACAUUUCAUGAGGCAGGUUUUGGUGACACUGACCUACCUGUAAGAUGGUUUCAGAGCGAUUCCACUUCAGCCUCACCAGAUAAUUCUGCUCUUCUGCUCCCCUCAUUCUUUUCUCUUCCUUUUUCUCCGUACAUUUAUAAAGCAAAUACAUGAAGGAGGAUAUUUCCACAUGGGCUGUUCGUGCAGCAAUAACUCCACGUCUAAUCGCUUGCAGUCACAAUUGGGAAGCCAGGACGAUAUUUGGCUUUUUUUUUUUUUCCAAACAAUGCCACCCUCCUCUUUAGGAGUUUAGGAGUUUUUCUGCAAUUCUAAUAUAAGUUGCCAGAACAGAAGCGAUAACGAAAAGUAUUAACUUACAGUGUAGUCGUAUGUUGUCCAAAUUGGAAGCGCGUGGGAAGCCUCCCCACCAGAUCAGAAAAAUUAGAUUCAGCCACUUGAGUCUAGUUCAGUGUGAAUCCAGCCAAAGCUCACUUGACUGUCAUCUGUUUACUGUGCAUAUAAAUAAAAGCAUCGAGUUGGAAAAUGUUGCUCAUCACUGUUUCCCCCGACCCCAAAAAUCAAAGUCCAACAAUAAACAGAACUAAAUACUU